UUGGUCCAGUGCGGCGGCGGCGGCUGCGGCGGCGGCUGUGGUGAAGGAGGUGGAGGAGGAGCCGGAGCUGGCGCUGGCAUCGAGGACUGAACCAUGGACGAGGAAUAUGAUGUGAUCGUGCUGGGGACCGGCCUCACCGAAUGUAUUUUGUCUGGCAUCAUGUCUGUGAAUGGGAAGAAGGUGCUGCACAUGGACCGGAACCCAUACUAUGGCGGGGAGAGCUCCUCCAUCACGCCCCUGGAGGAGUUGUAUAAGCGUUUCCAGCUCCUGGAGGGGCCUCCUGAGUCGAUGGGCCGGGGCCGAGACUGGAAUGUUGACCUGAUCCCCAAAUUCCUGAUGGCCAAUGGACAGUUGGUAAAGAUGCUGCUGUACACAGAGGUGACUCGUUACCUGGAUUUUAAAGUGGUAGAGGGCAGCUUCGUCUAUAAGGGGGGCAAGAUUUACAAAGUGCCAUCCACUGAGACCGAAGCCUUGGCUUCUAAUUUGAUGGGCAUGUUUGAGAAACGGCGCUUCCGCAAGUUCCUGGUUUUUGUGGCAAACUUUGAUGAGAAUGACCCCAAGACCUUUGAAGGGGUUGACCCCCAGACUACCAGCAUGCGCGAUGUCUACCGGAAGUUUGACUUGGGCCAGGACGUCAUUGACUUCACUGGCCACGCCCUGGCGCUCUAUCGCACUGAUGACUACCUGGACCAGCCCUGUCUUGAGACCAUCAACCGCAUCAAGCUGUACAGCGAGUCCCUGGCCCGGUAUGGGAAAAGCCCGUAUCUAUACCCUCUCUAUGGCCUUGGCGAGCUGCCCCAGGGAUUUGCAAGAUUGAGUGCCAUCUAUGGCGGGACAUAUAUGCUCAACAAACCUGUGGAUGACAUCAUCAUGGAGAAUGGCAAGGUGGUGGGUGUGAAGUCAGAGGGAGAGGUGGCCCGCUGCAAGCAGCUGAUCUGUGACCCCAGCUACAUCCCCGACCGAGUGCGGAAGGCAGGCCAGGUGAUCCGUAUCAUCUGUGUCCUGAGCCACCCCAUCAAGAACACCAACGAUGCCAACUCCUGCCAAAUUAUCAUCCCCCAGAACCAGGUCAACAGGAAGUCAGACAUCUACGUGUGCAUGAUCUCCUACGCGCACAACGUGGCUGCACAGGGCAAGUACAUUGCUAUCGCCAGCACCACAGUGGAGACCUCGGAGCCUGAGAAGGAGAUAGAGCCAGCCCUGGAGCUGCUGGAGCCCAUUGAUCAGAAGUUUGUGGCCAUCAGUGACUUGUACGAGCCCACUGAUGAUGGCUCCGAGAGCCAGGUGUUCUGUUCUUGCUCCUAUGAUGCCACCACCCACUUUGAGACAACGUGCAAUGACAUCAAAGACAUCUACAAACGCAUGGUUGGCUCGGCCUUUGACUUUGAGAAUAUGAAGCGCAAACAGAAUGACGUUUUUGGUGAAGCUGACCAGUGAUUGCUGACUGCCUGCCUGCCCGCCCCAGCCCACUCCUCAGUCCGGGACGACUGGACUGGGGCCGGGCCCUCCUGUUUCUGUUAUCCUCUGCUUCCUCCACCCUGAUCCCCAUCACCCACCUCAUUGAUUCACUGACCAAAUCCUUAACCUUAGCAGUGGUUUGGGAGAUGGGGGUUGGGUAGCAUUCUGUUUCUUGGCCAUUCCUUUAUCCUGGAAAAAGAGGGUUCCUUUCCUCGUGUGUCUCCGUCCCCCACUCCUAAUUCUUCUGCUCUGUUUGUGAAGAAUGUGGCGGAAAAACCGACUUCUAUCCCCGCUGCCCUUACUCUCCUCCGGUAGUGGCCUUUGGAGAUAUCCCCUGCCUCCCCCCACCAAGUCUUGCGUGUGUUGGAAGAGAAGGGGCCCUCCCAGCACAAAGUUGCAUUCCCCCUCUAACUUAUUCUAAUUUAUUAACCUCGGUCCCGCCUGAGCACAUGAGAAGGGAGUGCUGAGCCCUGUCUCACAGACUGCCUUUUGUGUGAUCUGAGUUGGACCCUUCCCAUCCCUGGCGCAGUCUGGGAAGAGGGAAAAGGCCUGGGCGUAGCAUGGUCGGAGGUUGAUCUUGCUGUUUUUGUUUUUGCCUUUGUGUUCGUGUCCUCUGGUUCUUGCUGAGAGAAAAAAGAAAUUUGAGCAAGGCAGGAGGUGGGAAAAUGGAUCCAAACCACAGUGUUCCCUGCUCCAGUCUACACCUUUCCUUUAGUGGUGGGAAACCCUAACCUUGCAAAGUGAAUGUGCCCCCUUCCCGACCUCUAGUGUAUUUCACAGAAAAACUCCCAAUAAACCUGUGUUGAAACCUGA